AUGAGUGUUGAUUCUCUUCCAACAACAGUAUCCAAAAGUGUUAAUUCAAAACAAUUAUCUGCUAAUUAUUCCAAAUAUAAUACAUCGCUGUGUAAUAUGCGUUCAAAUACAAAUGGUCAGAAUGAUAUUAAACAAUUGGUUAACGAUACACGAAUAUCACCACAAACAAAUUCAAGUGGCUAUCACAGUGAUUUAUCAUGUUUAUCAUCGGCGAACGAAUCUCCGCAAUUAGAUGUUCAGUCAGAGACAAAUAAUAGAUGCGCGUCUUUAGCAAUAAAUUCAACGGUCAGAGAGAAAAGUGCUACUAUUUGUCAAACCAAAGAUGUUGUAUGUGCUCAUCAUGAUAAACAGGAAUCGAAUAAUAUUACUUCCAAUAAAUCUCGAUUACAUAGUUUUCUUCGACGACAAUAUCAGAAGGCAAAACAGAAACUAUCGACAAAAUCAUCAAGUAUAAAAAAAUCAUCAUCAGAUGUGACAACAACAACUCCUAUCGCCGCAACUUCAACAUUAUCAUCAAAUAUCACGGACACUUCAUUUGAUACUAGUUAUAAUAGCGGCAAUAUUAGUAAUAAUCAGAAAAAACAACCAAAACAAUACUUUACAUCCGUUUAUCAACAUUCUGCUUGUAAUGAACCGGUAUACUCUAUGUACAUCCAUCCAACUCAUCAACUAGUGUCCAAAAGUGAUUAUAUUCCGAUACACGAGUGUUAUUCAACAUCAUCACAACAACCUUAUUAUUCGGCUAAAAAUUACACUCCUCUAUCAACAGCGAAAAUUUCCAAUUAUGAAUAUUUACACAAUUCAAAAAAUUAUUCGUUUUUAAAUAACGGUCAUAAAAUGCCAUCAUGGUCAGGAAUGGGUCAGCUCGCUAAACAUACAAAUAAUUACUAUUAUCCAUAUACUGAUAAUUUUCAACAACAUCGUAACUAUCCAGUUCACCAACAACAAAUCGGUGGUACACCCACUCAUUCGAUGUAUUCCCAUUAUUCUCAAUUACUGGCACCCUAUCCGCAAACAAUACCCAAUCUAAUUUUACGUGCACCUCAUCCAAGACAAUAUCAAUAUACAAAUGAUAAUUAUGAAUACGUUUAUAAGCGUGUUCUACCUCCAUUAUCCGAUAAAUAUUAUCAAAAUUAUAUCCCAAUAAGUGAAUGUUCACAACAAUUGAGAAAUGGUGAAGAUGAUGGAAAAAGUGCAUUUAAACCUCUACGACGAAAUAUACCGAUAAAAUUAGCGAUACCAUCGACAACAAAUUUAAUCAGUGAUGAUCUUAUUAAUGAUAAACUAUGUGAUUUAGAAGUUGCCAAAUAUUUUAAAGAUAAUCCGAAUUAUUUUGAUAUUUAUAAUGAAUCAACAAAUCAUUGUUCAUAUUCAAAAACAAAUAAACAAUUAAGUCAAAAUUAUGCGGAAACAUUAUGUUAA